AUGCCAGCAAUACGCGAACACGAUAUCCUCUACACCGACCCCUUCGACGACGACGAUGGAAUGCCCCCCCUCGUCGACAACCCAAACCCAUCCAUGACAUUCACCUUCUUCACAGACAUGACCCCCAUCACCGCCUUCACAGCAGAUCCCACGCUCGCCUACGAUGCCACCUGGGACACCACCUCGCCCCCCUCUCUCGUCGACUUUCCAGAGCACACAGAGGCGACCUUGGCAGCCCAGACACACCCUCGCAUCUCGCACGGCAAGAAGCGCGACGCGUCAUACAUCCCUCGCCCUCCCAACGCCUUCAUUCUCUUUCGAUCGUCCUUCAUUCGCAGCCAGCAAGUCCCAGGAAAGGUCGAAGGAAACCAUAGCACGCUCUCCAAGAUCAUUGGAAAGUAUUGGAAGACCCUGCCUCGUGAAGAGAGGGAACACUGGGAAGCAAAGGCUCUCGUCGCUCAAACAGAACAUCGCAGGAAAUACCCCGACUGGCGGUUCAGACCUGGUGCUAACGCUCUUGCAAAGCUCAAAGUCAAAGAUGGUCCGGGCACUACUACAAACAGAAGGCGCCACAGUCAGACGAAUCGUAAGGGAAGAGGCGAGGCAGAGGUCAAGGAGAAAAGUCGGGAGGAGAGGUGCACGAAGAUAGCGGAUCUACUCGUCGAAGGGAAGAAAGGUAUCGAUUUGGAGGAUGCCGUCAAGAAGUGGGAGCAUGACCUCACUCAGCACUUCGGAGUUAAGGCAAGUGGUGAGAAAUGCCGCGAAGUCGAGAAGACCCUUCAUGUCGGGCUUGGGGGGGAUAAUAGCCCUGGCAACUUCAAAGAGGCAAUCGAAGCGGCUUUGGAGGGCGUCGAUACCGGGCUAACGAGCUCGUGCGUACUUGGCGAAACGAAGGACAUCUACGAAGCAGUCAACGCAAGGGCGCAUGACGAGAAAGCCCAUAUCAGGGCCCGCUGCAAGACGCCUGAUGCUAUCCCUGAUUCCCGCUUCAAGGUCCCCCUUACGGCAAUGUUUCGACGUUCUUUAUCCGCUCCAGCCGCCCACAACCGCGACUCCUACCCCUCUCUUCCGCUUGCGCAACGCCACGUUCUCGACGAGCCCAUCUCGAGCAUCAUAUCUGAUACGGCAACCUCUCCUUCCUCCUUCCCGGCGGACCGUCGACAAGAACAUAAAGAAGGGCAGCCACGUGUUGUACACGCUGAAGCUGGGAGCUUGUCCCCCCUCGUGCUUCCCUCGCUACUCGGCGAAUCACCUGCACGUUGGAAUGACUCAUACAAUCUAUUCGACGUGCCUAUGAGUGCGGGUGUCUCAUCUGAUUGCCCUGGUUUGGCCUACGACCUGAGCAGCCCGUCGGUUUCUCCCUUGGAGAGUUCCUUUAGCGUGUACAAUUUCCCAUCUCCUCCCCUUGGACAUAUGGUUCCCAAGGCGGCGGGGAGCUUGACCAGCCAGAUGACGCUCGAUGGUAGCCUAUCCUACCCCGUCCAGUCCUAUUCUCCGUAUUCUUCGCUCAAGGGCUGGGACACGGCCGAAUUGCGUGACUUUUCUCGAGGUCCGCUUUCUGCUGCUUACCUCCCUCCGUACUCCAACUGUGAUUCUCAGCUCACUAUGGGCGGGGAGGGUGUGGGUGCCGCACCUACGAUCUACGAGUGGUCUCCGUUCGACGAUACGUUGCGCUCUCGCGAUAUCCACAGUUUGCACCAGUAUAACACCGGGCUCGAAGCUUUCGAUCUGAACGACGUGAUGCGUAUCCGGUCAGAUUACUUCAACGGCCACUACCACCUCUAG